CACCGUAGUUAUAGCCGACCUGCAUCAGCUGUGGUCGGAUGAUAGGGGAGGAUGUUUGUGUCUGUGUAGCUCAGUCCGGGUUCAGUUAAACAUGUCUCUGGACGGAGGAGGAUGCAGAGGCUUCUACUUCAGCACCGUCCUUUCUCUGGCUCGGUCGCUGGCGGCUCACCAGCAGGCGCCGUUAGACAAGGUGCAGAAACUGCAGUGCAUGUGCCCUGUGGACUUCAGAGGGGUCUUCCAGCUUGAUCAAAGGAGGAGGGAUGCUGUGAUUGCUCUUGGUGUUUUUCUGGUAGAGUCCAACCUGCAGCACAAAGAUUCUAUCGUCCCCUACCUUCUUGGGCUGCUUAAAGGGCUUCCUAAAGUUCAGUGGAUUGAGGAGAGCUCAGAACGCAAAGGACGGGAUGCUCUUCCGGUUGCAGAAAGCUUCAGCUUUUGUCUUGUAACGCUGCUCUCAGAUGUUGCCCAAAGAGAUGAAAACUUUCGAGGACAGAUCCUGGAGGCACUCAUGGACCUCAUGCAAGUCCUUCAAGACCUCUGCAAAAAUCCAGAUGCUCAUGAUAAAGAAUUCCUGUGCAGGUACACGGUACCCAAUCUGCUCGGUGUUGCCAGAGCAUUCGGCCGAUACAGUAACACCGACGAGCCGCUGCUGUCCAAGCUGUUCCCUCGACCAGCUGCUCCUCUGCUCUCUGCGGGUGACAGCAGCGAUGGUGCCCGACGACGCUCAUUUAACGAUUUCCGUUCAAUCCUGCCAAGCUCUUUGUUUACUGUGUGUCAGGAAGACUCUCUGAAACGUAAAGGCUCCUCCAUGCCCAGUGCUUCACAACAGGCAAGUCCGGAGAGAACAGGACUGACUCCCAGCUCUCCUGCUGAUCCCUCUGUGCAGUACUUUGAAGGUUCUUACCUCCCUGAUGGCAGCACAGUGGACCCUGAUUAUUACUUCUCCACCAUCAGCUCCAGCUUCUCUGUCUCUCCUCUUUUCACUGGGAGCAGCUCUGGGGAGUUCCAGGUCCCUUUGGAUAUGCUCAGACAGCUCCUUCACAUGGUUGAGCAGUUCGUUUCCGAGUCGUUUUUGAAGUCACUGGAUGGCACCUUAGCAGAAGUUCAAGAGAGCAACACGGGUAUCCAUCUUCACUACAAAACCUUCAGUGAUCCAUUAUAUGUGGCCAUAUUUAAAAUGCUGAGAGACACUCUGUACAAUCUGAAAGACCUUCAGACUGACUAUGUAAAGGAGGUUCAUGACUUUGUCCUGGAGCAGUUCAGCAGCAGCCAAUCAGAGCUGCAGAGGAUCCUCCAUGAUGUGGAGUACCUCCAGAGCGAACUGAGCCCGCUCAAACUGCGCUGCCAGGCCAACGCUGCUUGUGUUGACCUCAUGGUUUGGGCGGUCACAGAGGAACAGGGAGCGGAGAACCUUUGCACCAAACUGUCAGAGAAGCUGCAGUCGAAGACAUCUAGUAAAGUUAUCAUCGCCCACAUGCCCCUCCUCAUAUGCUGCUUACAGGGUUUGGGUCGUCUGUGUGAGCGCUUCCCUGUCGUGGCCCACUCUGUCACCACGUCUCUCAGAGACUUCCUGGUGGUACCAUCUCCUGUUUUGGUGAAGCUCUACAAAUAUCAUAGCCAGUCCACUCCAGGAGGAGGUGAGAUCAAGAUCCAUGUGACCAACGAACAUUCUCAAUCAACCAUCAGCACCAAUGCAAACAAGAAGACCCAGUCCUCCAUGUAUGAACAGCUGCGGGACAUCUCCAUCGAUAAUAUCUGCAGGUGCCUAAAAGCUGGCCUUACGAUGGAUAACGUCAUUGUAGAAGCUUUCCUCGCCAGUCUGUCCAAUCGUCUCUACAUCUACCAAGAAAAUGACAAGGAUGCUCACCUGAUUCCGGACCACACCAUCAGAGCUUUGGGCCACAUUGCUGUGGCCUUACGGGACACACCCAGAGUGAUGGAGCCCAUCCUGCAGAUCCUGCAGCAGAAAUUUUGCCAGCCUCCCUCUCAGCUCGACGUCCUCAUCAUAGAUCAGCUGGGCUGCAUGGUGAUCACAGGAAAUCAAUACAUCUACCAGGAAGUGUGGAAUUUGUUCCAGCAGAUCAGUGUCAAAGCAAGCUCCAUGGUUUACUCAACUAAAGACUACAAAGACCACGGUUACAGACACUGUUCCCUGGCUGUUAUAAACGCUCUGGGUAACAUAGCAGCCAACAUGCAGACCGAGCAGAUGGUGGAUGAGCUGCUGGUCAACCUGCUGGAGCUUUUUGUGCAGCUGGGUUUAGAGGGGAAGCGAGCCAGUGAGAGGGCCUCGGACAAAGGCCCUGCCCUGAAGGCAUCUAGCAGUGCUGGAAAUCUCGGUGUCCUCAUUCCAGUAAUUGCUGUGCUGACCAAGAGGUUGCCACCAAUAAAGGAAGCAAAGCCACGUCUGCAGAAAUUGUUCAGAGACUUCUGGCUCUACUCUGUUGUCAUGGGAUUUGCAGUGGAGGGCUCAGGUCUGUGGCCAGAAGAGUGGUACGGAGGAGUUUGUGAGAUUGCAACCAAAUCGCCGCUGCUGACGUUUCCCAGUGGAGAACCUUUACGUUCUGAGCUGCAGUAUAACUCUGCGCUGAAGAACGACACCGUCACUCCUGCAGAGCUGAAUGACCUGCGCAGUACCAUCAUCAACCUGCUGGACCCUCCUCCGGAGGUGGCUGCUCUCAUCAAUAAGCUGGACUUUGCCAUGUCCACAUACCUGCUGUCUGUUUAUAGGCUAGAGUACAUGAGGAUGCUGCACUCUCUAGACUCGGACCGCUUCCAGGUCAUGUUUCGUUACUUUGAAGACCGAGCGAUACAGAAGGAUAAAUCUGGUAUGAUGCAGUGUGUGAUAGCUGUAAGCGACAAGGUGUUUGAGGUUUUCCUUCAAAUGAUGGCUGAAAAACCAAAAACGAAAGCUCACGAGGAAGAGCUGGAACGUCACGCUCAGUUUCUCCUGGUCAACUUCAACCACAUCCACAAGCGGAUCCGCAGAGUGGCGGACAAAUAUUUGUCUGGUCUGGCUGAAACCUUCCCCCACCUGCUUUGGAGUGGCCGGGUGCUGAAGACUAUGUUGGAUAUCUUGCAGACGCUCUCCCUGUCCCUCAGUGCAGACAUUCACAAAGACCAGCCCUAUUAUGACAUCCCAGAUACACCCUACAGAAUCACUGCCCCGGAUACAUAUGAAGCCAGAGAGAGCAUUGUCAAAGAUUUUGCUGCACGCUGUGGAGAAAUCCUUAAAGAGGCUAUGAAGUGGGCUCCCUCUGUAACAAAAUCCCACCUGCAGGAGUACCUUAACAAACAUCAGAACUGGGUCUCGGGUCUCUCCCAGCACACGGGUCUGGCCAUGGCAACAGAAAGCAUCUUGCACUUUGCUGGCUACAACAGACAAAGUACCACUCUGGGGUCCACCCAACUGACUGAGAGGCCAGCUUGUGUGAAGAAGGAUUACUCCAACUUCAUGGCGUCCCUGAACCUCCGGAACAGAUAUGCUGGAGAGGUUGCAGGUAUGAUCCACUUUGCCCAAGUGGUCAGGGGACAGUCUGAUCUGACCCGGAUGAUGAUCAAACAGAUGGGAGAGGCUUUAGACGCUGCUCGGCCUGAGGCCUUCACUGAAGCCAUGUUCAAACUGGCUGCCUUGCUCAUCAGCAGCCAAGACUGCGACCCUCAGCUCCUGCACCACCUCUGCUGGUCGCCCCUCAAGAUGUUUACCGAGCAUGGCAUGGAAACGGCCAUUGCAUGCUGGGAGUGGCUGCUGGCAGCGCGUACAGGAUUGGAAGUACCGUUUAUGCGGGAGAUGGCAGGAGCGUGGCAGAUGACCGUGGAGCUGAAGAUGGGCCUCUUCUCUGAUGCUCAGGUGGAGGCUGAUCCUCUUGCAGCAUCAGAGGAAAGUCAGCCUGUCCCCUGCCCUCCAGAUGUCACUCCUCACCACAUCUGGAUUGAGUUUCUUGUCCAGAGGUUUGAAAUAGCCAAAUAUUCCAGCGCGGAUCAGGUGGAGAUCUUUGGCAGUUUGCUACAGCGCUCCCUGUCCUUGGAUGUCGGUGGUUCUAAGAGCGGUUUAAACCGCCACGUAGCUGCCAUUGGACCACGUUUCAGGUUGCUGACUUUAGGUCUGGCUCUGCUGCACUCUGAUGUUGUCACCAAUUCAACUUCAAGAAAUGUCCUUCGAGAGAAGAUCUAUUCUACAGCCUUCGAUUACUUCAGCGUAUCUCCGAAGUUUCCCACCCAGGCUGACAAGCAUCUCCGUGAGGACAUCAGCACCAUAAUCCGCUUCUAUGCCAGCAUCCUGUCAGACAAGAAGUACCUGGCAGCGUGCCAGCUGGUCGCACCUGGUGAGCUUGGUACUACCUCAGCCCCGAGCACUCUCUCUGCUGGGAUAUUCGGAUCGCUUAUCGUGUCCAGCACUACUCCGAUAUCUAUCUUAAAUAAUCAGGACCCAUCCUUAAACAGUCUGUCAGUGAUGAAUGCCGCCGACCUGAGGGGUAAUGUGGACUCCAGCUCACGAUCCCAGCAGAGCGUCCAGGGAUGGAUCAACACGUACCCUCUGUCCAGUGGGAUGUCCACCACAUCUAAGAAGUCAGGCACGUCUAAAAAGAGUAACAGAGGAACACAGCUUCACAAGUACUACAUGAAACGGCGGACUCUGUUGCUGGCGCUGUUGGCCAGUGAGAUUGAGCGUCUGACAACGUGGUACAACCCCCUCUCCACUCAGGAGUUGGCCAUUGCCACUGAGCAAUCAGUGGAGACCAGCAUCGCCAACUGGAGGUCCAAGUACAUCAGUUUGACAGAAAAACAGUGGAAGGAUAACGUCAAUCUGGCCUGGAGCAUCGCACCUUACCUGGCUAUGCAACUUCCUACAAGGUUUAAAAAUGAUGCUAUUGUUGCCGAAGUGACAAGACUGGUGAGAUUGGACCCUGGAGCAGUCAGCGAUGUACCCGAAGCCGUUAAGUUCUUGGUGACGUGGCACACUAUCGAUGCCGAUUCUCCUGAGCUGAGUCACAUCUUGUGUUGGGCUCCAGCUGACCCGCCCACCGGACUGUCCUACUUCAGCAGCAUGUACCCCCCUCAUCCUCUGACUGCACAGUAUGGAGUUAAAGUGCUGCGCUCCUUUCCUCCUGACGCCAUUUUGUUCUACAUUCCUCAGAUUGUGCAAGCGCUUCGUUAUGAUAAGAUGGGUUACGUGAGGGAGUACAUCCUGUGGGCGGCACAGAAAUCUCAGCUUCUUGCUCAUCAGUUCAUCUGGAACAUGAAGACAAACAUCUUCAUGGAUGAGGAGGGACACCAGAAAGACCCUGACAUCGGGGAGCUGCUGGAGCAGAUGGUGGAGGAGAUCAUAGGUUCUCUGUCCGGCCCGGCCAAAGAUUUCUACCAAAGAGAGUUUGACUUCUUUAAUAAGAUCACCAACGUGUCCGCCAUCAUCAAGCCUGUUCCAAAGGGAGAGGAGAGGAAACGAGCUUGUCUCAAAGCCUUGUCGGACAUCAAAGUGCAGCCAGGCUGUUACCUGCCCAGUAAUCCAGAAGCUAUAGUGCUGGACAUUGACUACAAGUCUGGAACCCCCAUGCAGAGUGCUGCCAAGGCACCCUAUCUGGCCAAAUUUAAGGUGAAGCGCUGUGGGGUGACUGAACUGGAGAGGGAGGGUCUUCGCUGUCCGUCAGACUCUGUCGAGGAUGGAGAAGACAACCCAGAUGGAUCAGGCAGGGUUUGUUGGCAGGCGGCCAUCUUUAAAGUGGGAGACGACUGCAGACAGGACAUGCUUGCUCUGCAGAUUAUUGGGCUUUUUAAGAACAUCUUUCAGCUGGUGGGUCUGGAUCUGUUCGUCUUUCCAUACAGAGUGGUGGCCACGGCGCCAGGGUGUGGAGUAAUUGAAUGCAUCCCAGACUGCAAAUCCAGAGACCAGCUUGGUCGUCAGACAGACUUCGGGAUGUACGAUUAUUUCCGUAACCAAUACGGUGAUGAAUCCACCCUCGCCUUCCAGAAGGCUCGGUACAACUUCAUCCGCAGUAUGGCCGCCUACAGCCUCCUGCUGUUCCUGCUGCAGAUCAAAGACAGACACAAUGGCAACAUCAUGUUGGAUAGCAAGGGUCACUUAAUCCACAUAGAUUUCGGCUUCAUGUUCGAAAGCUCCCCAGGUGGUAACCUGGGCUGGGAGCCGGACAUCAAGCUGACGGAUGAGAUGGUGAUGAUCAUGGGAGGCAAAAUGGAGGCCACUCCUUUUAAAUGGUUCAUGGAGAUGUGUGUCAGAGGAUAUCUGGCUGUGCGACCUUACAUGGACGCAGUGGUUUCCCUGGUGACCCUCAUGCUGGACACGGGACUGCCAUGUUUCAGAGGACAAACCAUCAAACUUCUUAAGGGACGUUUUAACCCACAGAUGAGUGAAAAAGAAGCAGCAGCAUUCAUGAUAAAAGUCAUCCAGAGUUGUUUCCUCAGUAGCAGGAGCAAAACGUACGACAUGCUGCAGUAUUACCAGAACCAGAUUCCUUACUAAGGACCGUCUGGCAGAACCCUGCUCCCACUGGGUGAAUUCACAGCAUCUGUAAGAUGAUUGUUACUGAGGACCUGACCAGAUGCUUCUGCUCCUCAGAGUCAGGCAGCAACGGGGCACUUUAACCCUUAACCCUCCAGUUCUACUCUACACACUAUAAGUUUUCUGAUUUUAUAAUAAUGUCCAUGUAUGUUUUAGAGAAUUUCUUGUUUUAUAUUUACCAGAACAGGGAUCUGAAUUACCCUUUAACUGUUUUCUUGAUGCUUUUUGUUAGUUUACCAGCAAAUACUAAAGAUUUACACUUCCAGAAUGAGGUCAAAAAGGGAUUCAGUUACUGCUUGUCAAAGCAGGAACCUUGGUGUUGUUUUCACGGUGUUGCUGUGCUGUUACCUCCUUUAAUGCACUUUAUAGAUCCGUGUUUCAUCCGCAGUAGAUCAGUUGAUACGUUAGAGAUGAAAACAAUCCUAACUGUAUUUAAGACUAAGAGGAACAUGAAUAGAUGUUAUAUAGGUAAAGAAUAUGUGUAUCAUUGCAGGGGUCAAUCCACAUUUAUUCUAACCUUAGACUGUAGUAAAGUAAAAGUAUCUCUACAAUAAGUGGUGAUUUUGCAGCAGUGUGUACUGUAGAAUAUUUACUGUAGAACCACAUCCAGAUCACAGGCAGCUUUUCCAGUCGUUUACCUGUAGUCGCAUGUUAACAUUUCUGUUUACCAGAAGGACUUUAAGGAGCUUUUAGCCGUUACGUUGAGCCUUGUCCUUGUGUCACACAUUUUGAUGUCAGUGUUGAUGUAAACUUGUCAAAUGAAGGCAGUUUUCCACAACAGGAGCUGCUACUUCCACUUUCCACUGGAAAUGUCAUUUUUAAUUAUGAACUGUCUGCAGAGUGCUGCUGUUGUUUGAUGGGUUUCAAAACUGAAAAUGAAACAAUUUCUUGUUUUUUUUGGGGGGGGGGACCUGACGAUCACCCAUCAGAGCUAAUCUUGAGAAAAUUGUCCAAUUCUGGUCUCGGACCGACUGAUUGGUGCAUCUCUAGUAAACACGAACCCUGUGAAGGAA